AUGGGAAGUGGCAACUGUGCCACUUCGGCACUUCUAAUAAUUUUAUUAUGCAACAAAGUUGCUUCCAUCGUUGAUUGGAAUAAUAUUCAAACACCCCCAGUGUUCGUUCACCAACCGAACGAGAGAAAACUUUAUUUUAAGAUUGAGUCCCAGACAGAUAACGAAAACGUUGAUGCCUCAGCUAAUCUGCUCUCGCUUACAAUUAGAUGUAAUGCAAUUGGAAAUCCUAGACCAACUUAUUCUUGGUACAAAAAUGGGAAACCCCUUCCUUUGAGUAUGUACGAAGGAAAGAUAGCUCAAAGACCAGGGGAAGGAACAUUAGAUUUUUCGAAGUUAGAAGAAUCUGACGUAGGAGAGUAUAAAUGUAUGGCAAGUAAUGAUAAUGGAACUGCUGUCUCUGAUGUGACCCAACUAGAAUUAGCUUGGAUUCGCUCGUUUCCACAGCAGGAUGUAGAAGUGGUCAAAAUUGAACUAGGGGAUUCUUAUAUUCGUGAUUGUGUUCCUGCCGGAAGUAACCCCCCUGCUAGAGUCUUUUGGAUUUUGAAAGGUGAAAAAAGAGGAGUUUUCCACACAGUCAACGGGAGCCAUAUUUCUAGCAAUGAUAACGGAACUUUAUACUUCCACUAUGUUAAAGAAGAUGAUUUAAAGGAAGAGGGUUUACUUUAUACUUGCACCGCUGAGAACACUGAGCUGAAAGAAUAUAAAUUUGGAUCUCCAUUCAAAUUGGAAGUUACGAAGACUGUUCGUAGACAAUUGAAAGGAUCUCAAAAAAUUGCUCCAGGUGAACAAUAUGUUAACCAAAGCUCCCCUAUAGCUCUGCAGAACACUUUUCACAAACUUCAUUGUUUCUUCUCUGGAUAUCCAUUACCAAAACCCACAUGGUUUCAUAACGGAAUAAAAAUCGAUGAAGACAAAUCUGAACAUUAUAGAUUUGAAGCUUUCGGAAAAACAUUGGUGUUCAAUGUUACACAAGAGAGAGCAGGAAAGUACGAUUGCCAGUUCCCUGACCAUGAUUCUUUGGAUAGAACGUUUAACGUUGUCGUUGAGGCUGCACCAUACUGGCCUGACGGCCCACCACCACAUACCAACACUAGCGAAGGUGACACAGUUACUUUCGACUGUACUACAAGUGGAAAACCCGUACCGUUAGUUACUUUUUACAAGAAUGGAGUCGAAAUGGUUGAAAGUGAUGGACGCAAUGGAAAAUGGGUGAUCGAUGGUAACAAGCUCACUAUCUAUGAUGUCAAGAAAGGAACAGGCGGAAGAGGAGACAAUGCUGUCUAUCAAUGUAAAGCUGAAAAUAAGCAUGGUUACGUAUGGGCCAAUUUCUUCCUUAACUUGCUUGCUUAUAAACCGCAGCUCUUGACUGAUGCAGGAGAAGUAGAGGCCGUUUCUGGCCAGUCAGUUACUUUGAGCUGUGAGUUCUUCGCUAGUCCUAACGCCAAUAUCUCAUGGAACAGUCCUAAACUGCAGGGAGCGGAGCACGUUCAAGUUCCAGCUAACGCUCACGGUGUAGGGAAACUUGUUAUUAAUAAUGUGAAAUCUGAAAAUGAAGGAGAGUAUGAAUGUGUAGGUGUAAAUAAAUACGGAGAGGCUCGCGGUAAUGCACGAUUACUUGUUAGAAAACCAACAAGAUUGCUACCAUUCCAAAAACCAGAAGAAGUUUUCGCGGCUGGUGAACCCUUCAGACUACCAUGUGAGGCCACUGCAGAUGAUAAGCUAGAUAUCAAGUACGAAUGGCUGGUUAAUGGUGAACCAUUGUUGGAACCUCAUGUAGAAUCAGGACAUUAUACUGUCGAAGCCGAUAACACCUUAGUUGUUAAAGACCCCAGUCCUUACGAUUCUGCUAAAUAUAAAUGCAUUGCUAGCACUAAAUUGGAUAAAGUAGAGAAGGAAGUGUCUGUACAUAUCAAAGACGUUCCUGUUCCUGUUGUGUCAGCUAAACUAGAUAACUGUGCAGCACAGUCAGUAGAAGUUAAAUUCCAACACCAGGAGCCCUCUGACACCAUUUCUCCUGUUACUGAAUUCUGGAUUCAUUACCAAAUUGACCCUACAACCGAUGGUAAUCAGUGGAGAACUCAUCCAGUCCCUGUCUAUGCCAAAGAUAAAGAUCCCAUCAUAGACGGCAUCAGAACAGUAUCCGGCUCAGCAACAAUCGCUUUGCAACCAUAUGGUCAUUAUAUUUUCCGCGUAAUUGCUCGAAAUGCUGUUGGAGAUAGUGCUCCAACUAAAGCAAGCGGACGUUGUGAUACUGAUCCACGCCAACCUGAUCGAAAUCCUAUUUUCGUAGGUGCGCGUGGUGCUAGUCCAGAAAACAUUAUUGUAAACUGGAAACCAAUGGGCAGAGAAGAGUGGAAUGGUCCAGAUUUUCACUAUCUUGUCAAGUAUCGACCGAAGGACAGUCGCGAGGAGUUCAAAACUAUUCCCGUUCGAGAUCCUUUUGCCGACAAAGUGACAGUUAAUGUUGACGAAGAUGAUAGUGAUGCCAAACCAUUCCAACCGUAUGAGAUUCAGAUUCAAGCGGUAAACUCUGAAGGAGUAGCGUUGGUAGAGCCACAGAUUGAGGAGGGUUACACAGGUGAAGGUGUCCCAAGUAGUAUUCCUACAGGUUUUAGGCUUGUUAGCACGGAGGGAACAUCUGCAACGUUUGCUUGGAAUCCUGUAGAUCCUCAAUCUGCCAAUGGCAACUUCAGUGGAUACAAAGUUACUUAUUGGCACGAUAUCGCCGAUGAUGAAGAAUUUGAAGAAGAUGAGGAGGAGGAAAUAGCUGAAGCAAGAUAUCGCCGGAAUCAUCAUACUAAGCGAGUGAAAAGACAAGCCAUUUCUAAGCAAAAAACAGCAAUUUUUGGACCCUCAUCCUCCACUGGUGUCAUCACUGAUCUAAAACCCGACACUGUCAACUAUGCUACGAUUCAAGUUAUAAACAAUGCUCACGACGGCCCUGCUUCUGAACCAAUACGUUUUAAAACAGCAGAAGGAGUUCCAACUGCUGUUCGUAAUCUCCGAGCUUAUCCUAUGAAUCCCAAGAGCGGUAGCGAAAGAGGGGUAGUAGUCCUCUUGUGGAAAAAACCCCGCCAGGCUAAUGGAAAAAUUCUCCACUAUAUGGUCAGCCAUUGUAGAUCUCAAAAUGGUAAAGUCAUUGAAAAAGAUUGUCCGAAAGAAGAAGUUUCACCUGACAAAAAGCAACUGCGUGUAUCAGGCUUGGAAUACGAAACGGAAUAUCAGUUUACUAUUCGAGCUCACACUAGCGCUGGUGAAGGAGAUCCCAGCAGCAGUAAAGCUUCCACUCUGCCGGAAUCCGUUACAUCAUCUGAUCCGGGUGUGCCAACUUUCAAGGAAGAUGAUAUAGGAAAUGAUUUCUUCAACGUUACUUUCUUCCCAUCUGAUUUUGACAAAAAGACGAAUGCUCCCGUAGGUAAUCAUUUCCUUAUCCAAUACAAAGAAUCCGACAGUGAUGACUGGAAAGAGUAUCGACCCGAAGGAGAUGAUUUAACGGCGACAGUAGCCGGAUUAGUUCCUGGAACUGAAUAUGACGUACGAGUAGCAGCUUUGCAACGAGAUGAAAUGAAUAAUGAGUUAUCGACCUUCUCUCAGAUAGGUCACAUCACUACAACUGGACGAUCACCACGACAGGCUCGUCUCUGGCUUUUGUUGCUGAUCCUAUUGAUUCUGCUCCUACUAUUGAUCAUAUUAUGCAUUAUUUGUGUAGCUAUGCGACAUAGAGGACAGAACUAUCCUGUGUCAGAAAAGGAGCGUGAACAAGGCAGAGAACCAAUUUUGGGCAAGCAGCACUUCGGAGAAUUCAGAAAUGACGACGAAAAACGAUCAUUGACCGGAAGCAAGGCCGAAUCAGAAACAGAUAGCAUGGCCGAAUAUGGAGAUACAGAUCCUGGGCGUUUUACUGAGGAUGGUUCAUUCAUUGGCCAAUAUGUACCUCAAAACAAGUUAUUACCAGCUGAACGUCCUGAAAAGGGUAGUACUUCUACGUUCGUCUAG